AUGGUCAUUUCAUUUGCGCAUCCUUGCAUAAGCGACCGCCACUGGGGCCACCGCCCUCUCCUCAUGGAUCAAGUCGAGGCCAUGGGACCAGCCGGCUGCCUGGUGUUUGUGGCGGUGGUGAUGCUCAGCGAGAUGAUCCCGCUCUUCCCCACGCAGCCGCUGUCGCUAGCUAGUGGCCUGCUGUUCGGGGGCAAGCAGGGUGCCGUGUUGAUGCUGCUGGGAGUCACCCUGGCGGCAGUCAACGCAUUCGUCAUUUCCCGGGGAAUUGGCCGUCCGCUGGCGGAGAAGGUCAUUUCCAUGGAGAUGAGUGAGGAGGCAAGUGACUCACCGUCGGCCGCCAACCACAACGCUGUGGCCCGCAAGCUGGCGGAGGUGCAGCGCACCAUUGAGACGGGCAGCUUCUGGCAGCAACUCAUCGCGGUGGCGCUGCUGAGACUGACGCCGGUGGUGCCCUUCUCCGCGUCCAACUACGUGUUGGGUCUGACGCCGCUGCAGCUGCCGGCCUUCCUGGGCGGCACGGUGGCGGGUAUGGCGGUGUGGAGUGUGCUGUACGCGUCGCUGGGAGGAGCAGGACGGAGCCUGCUGGAGAGCGGCGUCGAUAUGGCCACCGUGCUCGCAGGUCGGGUCGCAGGGGGGAAAGUGGAGGAGAGGGUGAAGGGGGUUAUGGGAGGGGUAGGAGGGAAGCUGAAGCUGGGACAAGGAAAGCGUUACUUUUGA